CUUCAAUUGCCGGUGUUUCAAUACUUUCUGACAUUUCCAUCGCAAAUUAGAGGGAUCCAUUCCUUUUUCUGAUCAGUAAGACUGUUCGGUGAAACUAGACGAACCUCAGUCCAUCAUGAAGGUCGCGACAGAGCUUCCCCUCCGCAUCCUGACACACAACAUCCGAUAUGCAACCUCAUUUCCUUUCAAAGGCGAGCGGCCCUGGACAGACAGGGUACAGCCCCUCUUGAACGGGCUACAAUAUAACACACGUCAUUUGGAAACCUUGAUCUGCCUACAGGAAGUCUUACACAAUCAACUCGUGGACAUCCUCGCCGGACUCAAUCCCAAACAACAGGCUGACAAAGCCUGGGAGUACAUAGGUGUUGGACGAGAUGAUGGCUGCGAAGCCGGAGAAUAUGCGCCUAUUCUCUACCAACCCUCGAUCUGGCAGCUACAUCAUUGGGAGACUGUCUGGUUAUCUGAGACACCCGCUGUUCCGUCCAAGAGCUGGGACGCAGCAUCGAUUCGCAUCGUGACCGUGGGUGUCUUCACCCACCGCGCCAGUCGUCAGACGAUCCUAGCGAUGAACACUCAUCUGGACGACCAGGGCUCUCGUUCUCGGUUCGAAGCCGCUCAUAUCAUCUUGCACAAGAUGGAGGAGUACCGGACGGGGGCAGCCUUUGGGCACAUAAUCUCGGGGGUAUUCUUAGCAGGGGAUUUCAAUAGCCAAGAAGAGCAGGAGGCUUAUACUGUCCUGACGGCACCGGAGUCACCUUUAGCAGACGCAGCGAAGUUGGUGAAUCCCAGGGAGCACUACGGCAAUUACAUGACGUGGACGGGGUUUGGAUACGAAGGGCAGGAUCCGUCACGGAUUGACUACGUCCUCCUGGAGUCGACCGCAGACAAGGUUCUCAGCUAUGGUCGCCAGCCAUGGAAAGUGGAGGGGUAUGCGGUUCUGGCGAACCGAUUCGACGAUGGCGUCUUUAACUCGGACCACCGGGCGGUGGUCAUCGAUGUGAUGUUAUGCAACUAGAUCCCGUCUGCCUCCCUACCUUUGGUCAUUCCGGGGUCAUUCCAAGGUUCUGAAUGCCUUCUAAGCAUAGUACUUUGUAGGGAUCAAAGAAGCGUCGGGAUUGGAAGCCUGCGCAUAGAAUGGACGGGGGAUCAAUCCGGGUGUCUGGCCAUCUGGUAGGGUACCGCCGCCAUACGAGUCCGUACCGAUCCGAAGAUCCGGAUAAUCCACUACAAGACGACGCUGUGACGCCAAGGGCCAGCGAUGACGCUCUAGCGCCCGACCGAGUUGUCG